CUGUGCGUAACAUGCUCUACUCAAACUUCAUUUCAAGGAAAAGAGUUGAAUUUGGAUGUCGAAGAUUCGGACCACAAAUGCAAGAUUUGCUUAGAUCCAAGACAGUAUAUCGGACCAUCAGGUCAGAAAUGGACAACGCUUGAACGACUAAUCAAUAACCCUAAGGAAAAGUUACGCAACGAUUUCGGUGAAAUUAUUCCCGAUCAACUUUGGACAUUCAAAACUCGACCAGCAUUCGGAAUAGGACAAAGAGCAUUCCUUAUGAAAGAUGAUGAAACGGAAGGAUUGAUUAUGUGGGAUUGUGUCGCAUAUCUAGAUGAUAAAACAAUUUCAAACAUUGAUCGAUUAUCAAACGGAAAGGGUAUAUCACAUAUGGUCAUCAGUCAUCCCCAUUAUUACUCCACAACAGCAACUUGGACAAGAGCGUUUCCACAAAUGAAGAUCUGGCUUGCUAAAGUGGAUUUCGAUGAUUGGUAUCAACGAGAUGAUAACAAAGAUAUCGCUGAUCGGAUCGUAUUCAUCGAUCAAGAGCAGACAAUGAUCGGACGAGGUGGACAAACAAAAGCCUUAUUGCUAGGCGGUCAUUUUCCCGGAAGUCUAGUUCUUCUCUACAAGGACAACCUUCUCAUUGCCGAUACGAUUCAAGUCGUUCCAAGUGGUCUGUACAAAUCACACGAAAAGCAAAGGCCAAAUGUGACUUCAGUUACGUUUUUGUGGAGUUAUCCAAAUCAAAUUCCAUUGAGCGGUAAAGAAGUACGGAGAGUAUGUGAACCUUUAGAAAAGGUUCAAUUCACAAAAGCUUUUGGUGCUUUUGAAAACUUUAAUAUUUGGAAUCACGCAAAAGAGAAAAUUCUACAAAGUCGAGAUAUAAUU